AUGGCUGGAAUUAAUCAGUCCAUCGGAGGUCUAGCAGCCGGGAUUACGAACGGUUCGGACUUUUCACGUUAUGCGUCUUCUCGAAGGCACUACCUCAUUGGCACCAUUUCCAGCUGCCUAGUCACUGGCGUUCUGGUGUCGCUGAUCGGAUUGGUCACCGCUUCAGCUGCGCAGAAAAUCUACGGCGAAGUCUACUGGAAUCCUCCGGACUUGCUUAUGGUCAUGAUGGACAAUGGUAACGGAUCCUCGAAAUCACGUGCUGCGGUAUUCUUUCUCUCCGCUGGCUUUGCGUUCACUGCCAUGUUUGAGAACAUCUGUGGCAACGCCAUUGCAGGUGGCAUUGACUUGGCUGGUCUUUUCCCUCGCUAUAUUGAUAUCCGGCGGGGAGCCAUCAUCACCUUUCUGGCCGCGUGGAUUGUGCAGCCGUGGCAACUGAUCAACCGUGCGACCACGUUCAUCACUGUGCUCUCGUCUUUCUCGGUGUUUCUUGCGCCUAUGAUAGGCAUAAUGGCUUGUGACUACUAUCUACUUCGCAAACGUAGAGUGCGACUUAGCCAUCUGUACCGGACCGAAGAUUCAUCCUACUACUUCUGGAAAGGGAUCAACUGGCGCGCGAUUCCUGCGUGGAUAUGUGGAUGGGCACCUACUAUCGGUGGGCUCAUUGUGACAGUUCGCAUGGACCCGAAUCCCUCGAGACCGUUGGUACAAUUAUAUUACAUGGCCUUUCUUAUCGGUUUCUUCAUCAGUGCGGUGGUAUUUUACCUCCUUAAUCUCGCGUUUCCCAUACCCGACAUGGACCAGAUCGACGAAGUUGAUGUAUAUGGCACAUUUACCGAAGCAGAAGCACGCAAGCUUGGCGUGGUCUCACUCUCAGACGAUGCUUCCAUGGCUGGUAUUACUGGCGCGGAGUACAUGCAGACUUCGGUCGUUGGUGGGGACGAAGCGAAAGCCUUCCGAGAUUACAAGGUCUGA